AUGUUCUUCUGUUCCUCCCUCCGCCAGCGUCCUGAAUGGGCACCCGUGAUCCCUCUCCUAAUAAGCAACACACAACCCUUCCAAGAAGAACGCAGACUGGACACACACGACAUCGCCUUCCCCAUCUCCCAAGACCAGGUCUACCGCAUCAUCCUCCUCUCGCCAAAGAACGUUGGCCAACCAGCCACCGCGCAGCGCCUAGAGCGCCUCGAUAGCCUCGACGGAGGCUGCAACAUUGCCAUCAUCUUCCUCAUCAGUGAAGGCACCGAGCAAGUUGAUGCGACACAGGCUUUCAUGGAGUUCAAGAUUGACCUCCUGGAGAAGCUUGAUCCGCCCCUACUUGCACUACCUCUAACGUCAUACACGGAGCUCCCUUCCAUGCUCGCAGGCUUCCGAGAGAUGCUCGCCGCAAUGCAGCCCGCCAUUCACUCUUCCUCGUCCCUCUCUCCCGCUCAACCCACUUCUGCCGACCUACUCCUGUACAUGGCCGGCGACAAUGAACCCCUCUCGGAACACGGCGCCAACCUCCUCAGCGAAUUAGGCCAGUACCCGCGCGAGAUUGCCGCCCUCGCCGACACAGAGGAGGGCAAGACGCGAAUCUUGGAUGUAUUGGGCCCGAAGGACGGCAAGGCCAUUCUAGGGUUCCUCGCGCUGGAGAGGCUGGCUCUCACUUGAGUGUUGGCCGUGAGCUCGGGGGGCAGGGAGAGGAAUUGGGGGUUCAGAAAGCAGGGUUGGCCGUUUUAGACUUUCCUGAUGCCGUUGACGGGUGGAUACGAGAUGAUCAUGGUGCGACGGUGGGCUUUCUUCGCUCUUCGGAUGGCAGAUCGAUAUCCGGUGUCUGGUGUCACUUGACGU